GCCACCAUCCUCAAGGAGCAACUCAAGCUGUGCCUGGCGGCCGAGGGCUUCGGCAACCGCCUCUGCUUCCUGGAGUCGACCUCCAACGCCCAGAAUGUCCCCCCGGACCUGGCUAUCUGCUGCUUCAUCCUGGAGCAGUCGCUCUCCGUCCGCGCCCUGCAGGAGAUGCUGGCGAACACCAUGGAGGUGGGCAGCGAGUCUUCACAGGGCGGUGGGCACAGGACCCUGCUCUACGGCCACGCCAUCCUGCUCCGCCAUUCUCACAGCGCCAUGUAUCUGAGCUGCCUGACCACGUCCCGCUCCCUGACGGACAAACUGGCCUUCGAUGUGGGGCUGCAGGAGGACGCCUCAGGGGAAGCCUGCUGGUGGAUCAUCCACCCCGCCUCCAAGCAGCGGUCAGAGGGUGAAAAGGUUCGAGUCGGGGAUGACCUCAUCUUGGUCAGCGUCUCCUCUGAGCGCUACCUGCACCUCUCCACGGCCAGCGGGGACCUGCAGGCCGACGCCUCCUUCAUGCAGACGCUCUGGAACAUGAACCCCAUCUGCUCGGGCUGCGAGGAAGGGUACGUGACGGGAGGUCAUGUCAUGCGUCUCUUCCACGGGCACAUGGACGAAUGCCUCACCAUCUCCUCCAGCGAGCAGGGCGAGGAGGAGCGCAGGGUGGUGAACUACGAGGGUGGCGCCGUUUGCACCCACGCCCGCUCCCUCUGGAGGCUGGAGCCCUUGCGCAUCAGCUGGAGCGGGAGCUACAUGCGAUGGGGGCAGCAGUUCCGGGUGCGGCACGUCACCACCGGGCGCUACCUGGGCCUGACCGAGGAGAAGGGGCUGGUCGUGUUGGACGCCGAGAAAGCCAACACCAAGGCCACGGCCUUCUGCUUCCGCGCCUCCAAGGAGAAGCUGGACGUGGCGCCCAAGCGGGACGUGGAGGGCAUGGGGGCCGCAGAGAUCAAGUACGGCGAGACCAUGUGCUUCGUGCAGCACGCGGCCAGCGGCCUGUGGCUGACGUACGCCGCGCCCGACGCCAAGGCCCUGCGCCUCGGGCUGCUCAAGAGGAAGGCCAUCCUGCACCAGGAGGGGCACAUGGACGACGCCCUGUCCCUGACCCGCUGCCAGCACGAGGAAUCGCAGGCCGCCCGCAUCAUCUACAGCACCAGUGGCCUCUACAGCCACUUCGUCCGGGGCCUGGACAGCCUGAGCGGGAAGGGCAAGGCGGGCACCGGGGCCGCGCUGCCCAUCGACGGGAUGAUUCUGAGCCUGCGGGACCUGAUCAUCUACUUCCAGCAUCCGGAGGAGGAGCUGCGGCACGAGGAGAAGCAGGGCCGGCUGCGCUCACUCAAGAGCCGCCAGAACCUCUUCCAGGAGGAGGGCAUGAUCACGCUGGUGCUGGACUGCAUCGACCGCCUCAACCUGUACAGCACGGCCGCCCACUUCGCCGAGUUCGCGGGCGAGGAGGCGGCCGAGUCCUGGAAGGAGAUCGUCAACCUCCUGUACGAGCUGCUGGCCUCGCUGAUCCGGGGCAACCGCUCCAACUGCGCCCUCUUCUCCAACAACCUGGACUGGCUGGUCAGCAAACUCGACCGGCUGGAGGCCUCCUCCGGGAUCCUGGAGGUGCUGUAUUGCGUCCUCAUCGAGAGCCCCGAGGUGCUGAACAUCAUCGAGGAGAACCACAUCAAAUCCAUCAUCUCCCUGCUGGACAAGCACGGCCGCAACCACAAGGUCCUCGACGUGCUCUGCUCUCUGUGCGUCUGCAACGGGGUGGCCGUGCGCUCCAACCAGAACCUCAUCACCGAGAAUCUGCUCCCGCGCCGCGACCUGCUCCUGCAGACCAGCCUCAUUAACUACGUCACCAGCCUGCGCCGCCUCUUGUUCCGGGGCACGCACGAGGGCUCGACGCAGUACAAGAAGUGGUACUACGAGCUGAUUGUGGAUUACGUGGAGCCCUUCGUCACGGCGCAGGCCACCCACCUGCGCGUGGGCUGGGCCAUGACCGAGGGCUACAGCCCCUACCCCGGGGGCGGGGAGGGCUGGGGCGGCAACGGCGUGGGGGACGACCUGUACUCCUUUGGCUUCGACGGCCUGCACCUCUGGUCAGGUCGCGUGGCCCGCGCCGUGGCCUCGCCCGGCCAGCACACGCUGGCGGCCGACGACGUGGUGAGCUGCUGUCUGGACCUGAGCGUGCCCAGCAUGUCCUUCCGCAUCAACGGCUUCCCCGUGCAGGGCAUGUUCGAGAACUUCAACGUGGACGGGCUCUUCUUCCCCGUGGUCAGCUUCUCCGCAGGCAUUAAGGUCCGCUUCCUCCUGGGGGGCCGCCACGGCGACUUCAAGUUCCUGCCCCCCCCGGGCUACACGCCCAGCUUCGAGGCCCUGCUGCCCCGCGAGCGGAUGCGGGUGGAGCCCAUCAAGGAGUACAGGCAGGACGUGGGCAACGUCCGCAGUCUGCUGGGGCCCACCCAGGCCCUGUCCCACACGGCCUUCACCCCCUGCCCCGUCGACACCCAGCAGAUCGUCCUCCCCCCACACCUGGAGAGGAUCCGUGAGAAGCUGGCAGAGAAUAUCCACGAGCUGUGGGCGCUGACCCGGAUCGAGCAGGGCUGGACCUACGGGCCUAUCCGGGACGACAACAAGCGGCUUCACCCCUGCCUGCUGGAUUUCUACAGCCUGCCCGAGCCAGAGAGGAACUACAACCUGCAGAUGUCGGGGGAGACCUUGAAGACGCUGCUGGCGCUGGGCUGUCACGUGGGCAUGGCCGACGAGAAGGCCGAGGAGAACCUCAAGAAGACCAAGCUGCCCAAAACGUACAUGAUGUCCAAUGGCUACAAGCCGGCCCCGCUGGACCUGGCCCACGUCAAGCUGACCCCGGCCCAGAACACGCUGGUGGACAAGCUGGCCGAGAACGGCCACAACGUGUGGGCCCGGGACCGCGUCAGCCAGGGCUGGACCUACAGCAUCGUGCAGGACAUCAAGAACAAGCGGAACCCGCGCCUGGUGCCCUACAACCUGCUGGACGAACGGACCAAAAAAACGAACCGCAACAGCCUGUGCGAGGCCGUGCGAACGCUGAUCGGCUACGGCUACAACAUCGAACCCCCCGACCAGGAGACCUCGGCCCAGGGAGUGCCCACGGUGCGCUCGGAGCGGGUACGGGUUUUCCGGGCAGAGCAGUGCUACGCUGUGCGGGUCGGGAGGUGGUACUUCGAGUUCGAGGCGGUGACCACGGGCGAGAUGCGCGUGGGCUGGGCCCGGCCGGACGUGCGCCCCGACGUGGAGCUGGGGGCCGACGAGCUCGCCUACGUUUUCAACGGCCACCGGGGCCAGCGCUGGCACGUCGGCAGUGAGCCCUUCGGCCGCUCCUGGCAGCCGGGCGACGUGGUCGGCUGCAUGAUCGACCUGACCGAGAACCACAUCAUGUUCACGCUCAACGGGGAGAUGCUGAUCAGUGACUCGGGCUCCGAGCUGGCCUUCAAGGACAUCGAAAUCGGAGAAGGCUUCCUCCCGGUGUGUAGCCUGGGCCUGGGCCAGGUGGGACGGCUGAACCUAGGCCAGGAGGUCAGCAGCCUGCGGUACUUCCCCAUCUGCGGGCUGCAGGAGGGCUUCGAGCCCUUCGCCAUCAACAUGAAACGCGACAUCAGCAUGUGGUUCAGCAAGAGCCUGCCGCAGUUCUCCCCCAUCCCCCCCGAGCACCCCCACUACGAGGUGUCGCGCAUCGACGGCACGGUGGACAACCCGCCCUGCCUGAAGCUGACGCACCGGACCUUCGGCUCGCAGAACGCGGUGAGCGAGUUGCUCUUCCUCCGGCUCAGCAUGCCCGUGGAGUUCCACGAGAAGUUCAAGUGCACGGCGGGGGCCACGCCCCUCACCCGCGCCCUCACCAUCCCCGAGGAGGACGUCAAGGACGUGGACCUCGACUCCGAGUUCGAGGUGCUCCGGAAGUCGGCCGGCCGUAAGGAGGCCGAGGAGGCCGAGAAGGAGAAGCAGGGGGGGCCCCUGGCCUCCCCCAAGGAGCCCCCCAGGGCGGAGAACGAGAAGGACGCGGCAUCGGAGAAGAGCAAAAUCAAGAGGGGCUUCCUGUUCAAGGCGAAGAAGGCCGCGUUCAUCACCCCGCCCCCGGCGGUGCCCUCUGUGCAGCGCCUGGAGGAAGACGUGGUGCCCGACGACCGCGACGACCCCGAGAUCAUCAUGAACACCACCACGUACUACCACUCGGUGCGGAUCUUCGCGGGCCAGGAGCCCACCUGCGUCUGGGUGGGCUGGGUCACCCCCGACUACCAUCAGCACGACAUGACCUUCGACCUGAGCAAGGUGCGCACCGUCACCGUCACCAUGGGCGACGACCAGGGCCACAUCCACGACAGCAUCAAACGCAGCAAUUGCUACCUGGUGUGGGGCGGGGAGUUCGUGAGCAGCGGGCAGCAGACCCGGGUCAGCACCGUCGACCUGGUGCUCGGCUGCCUGGUCGACCUGGCCACGGGGCUCAUGACCUUCACGGCCAACGGCAAGGAGAUCAACACCUUCUACCAGGUGGAGCCGAACACCAAACUCUUCCCGGCCGUCUUCGUCCUUCCCACGAGCCAGAAUGUCAUCCAGUUCGAGCUGGGCAAGAUGAAGAACAUCAUGCCCCUCUCAGCCGCCAUGUUCCACAGCGAGCGGAAGAACCCCGAGCCACAGUGCCCGCCGCGCCUCGUCAUCCAGAUGCUGACACCGGUGACAUGGAGCCGCGUGCCGAACGAGUUCCUGACCGUGGAGACAGCCCGCAUCAGCGACCGGCACGGCUGGAUGGUGGAGUGCGGUGACCCCCUGGUCAUGAUGGCCUUGCACAUCCCCGAGGAGAGCCGGUGCAUCGACAUCCUGGAGCUGUCGGAGCAGCUGGCCCUGCUGACGUUCCAGCACCACUCGCUGCAGCUGUACUGCGCCGUGUGCGCCCUGGGCAACAACCGAGUGGCGCACGCCCUGUGCAGCCACGUGGACGAGUCCCAGCUGCUGUAUGCCAUCGAGAGCCCCCACCUGCCCGGCCCGCUGCGCAGCGGCUACUACGACCUCCUCAUGAGCAUGCACCUGGAGUCGGCCAAGCGGGCCCGGCUCACCAUGAACAGCGAGUUCAUCGUGCCCAUGACGGACGCCACCAAGAGCAUCCGGCUCUUCCCCGAGAACAGCCGGAAGCCCGGCCUGCCCGGCGUGGGCAUCAGCACCUGCCUGCGCCCGCCCCUGCACUUCGCCCCGCCCUGCUUCGUCAGCACCAGCCCCGAGCGCUACCAGCUGAGCCCCGAGCUGCCGCUGGAGGCGCUGAAGCUGAAGGCGCUGGCCAUGCUGACGGAGGCGGUGCAGGACGGCGGGCAGCACAGCCGGGACCCGGUGGGCGGCAGCGUCCAAUUCCACUUCGUGCCCGUCCUCAAGCUGGUCUCCACCCUGCUGGUCAUGGGCGUCUUCGGGGACGAGGACGUGCGGCACAUCCUGCGCAUGAUCGAGCCGGCCGUCUUCGGGGAGCCCGCCGAGGAGGAGCGGGGCGAGGCGGAGAAGCCGGAGGAGGAGGAGGGGGAGAAGGCCGGGGUGAAGGCUGGCGAGGAGGAGGCCGAGGAGCUGGAGGAGGGGCUGCUGCAGAUGAAACUGCCCGAGUCGGUCAAGCUGCAGAUGUGCAACCUGCUGCAGUACUUCUGUGACCGGGAGCUGCAGCACCGGGUGGAGGCGAUCAUCGCCUUCUCGGAGCGCUACAUGGACCGGCUCCAGAGCAACCAGCGCCAGCGCUAUGGGCUCCUCAUGCAGGCGUUCACCAUGUCGGCCGCCGAGACCGCCCGGCGCACCCGCGAGUUCCGCUCACCCCCGCAGGAGCAGAUCAACAUGCUGCUGCACUUCAAGCAAGGGGCGGACGAGGAGGAGUGCCCGGUGCCCGAGGACAUCCGUGACGAGCUGCUGGAUUUCCACACCGACCUGCUGAGCCACUGCGGUGAGGGGCCCCCGCCCGUCCCGCUGGGUACCACAGUAAGAACAGUCCCAGUUCGUCACACCCACACUUCCCUGCUCCAGAUCGUGAGAGGCCAGUGGAGGACCCCCCCCUCACACACACACACACUCCCUUCACCGGCAGCUCAGCCCCCAGCGUGGCUAAAGCCCAGCCUGGUGCCGCUCGCUCCGCAGGGUCCAUAUCCCCCCGUCCCCUUCUCCCUCUGCAGAAACAUCAUGAACAACAAAGUCUUCUACCAGCACCCCAACCUGAUGCGAGCGCUGGGCAUGCACGAGACGGUCAUGGAGGUGAUGGUCAACGUGCUGGGAGGGGGCGAGUCCAAGGAGAUUCGCUUCCCGAAGAUGGUCACCAACUGCUGCCGCUUCCUCUGCUACUUCUGCCGCAUCAGCCGCCAGAACCAGCGCUCCAUGUUCGACCACCUCAGCUACCUGCUGGAGAACAGCGGCAUCGGGCUGGGCAUGCGGGGAUCCACGCCCCUGGACGUGGCUGCUGCCUCCGUCAUCGACAACAACGAGCUGGCGCUGGCGCUGCAGGAGCAGGACCUGGAGAAGGUGGUGAUGUACCUGGCGAGUUGCGGCCUGCAGAGCUGCCCCAUGCUGCUGGCCAAGGGCUACCCCGACAUCGGCUGGAACCCCUGCGGGGGGGAGCGCUACCUGGACUUCCUGCGCUUCGCCGUCUUCGUCAACGGCGAGAGCGUGGAGGAGAACGCCAAUGUGGUGGUGCGGCUACUGAUCCGCCGGCCCGAGUGCUUCGGGCCUGCCCUGCGCGGCGAGGGCGGCAGUGGGCUGCUGGCCGCCAUCGAAGAGGCCAUCAAGAUCUCGGAGGACCCGGCCCGGGACGGGCCCACCGUGAAGAAGGACCGUCGGCGGGAGCUGUUUGGGGGGGAGGAGACGCAUGAGGAGAACCGAGUGCACCUGGGCAACGCCAUCAUGUCCUUCUACGCGGCGCUGAUCGACCUGCUGGGGCGCUGCGCCCCCGAGAUGCAUCUGAUUCAGGCCGGGAAGGGCGAGGCGCUGCGGAUCCGGGCCAUCCUGCGCUCCCUGGUGCCCCUGGACGACCUUGUCGGCAUCAUCAGCCUUCCGCUUCAGAUCCCUGCCUUUGGCAAGGACGGGAACGUGGUGGAGCCCCGGAUGUCGGCCAGCUUCGUGCCGGAUCACAAGGCGCCCAUGGUGCUGUUCCUGGACCGCGUCUACGGCAUCGAGAGCCAGGACUUCCUGCUGCACGUGCUGGAGGUCGGCUUCCUGCCCGACAUGCGGGCCGCCGCCUCGCUCGACACCGCCGCCUUCAGCACGACGGAGAUGGCGCUGGCCCUGAACCGGUACCUGUGCUGCGCCGUGCUGCCCCUCGUCACCAAGUGCGCGCCCCUCUUCGCGGGCACCGAGCACCGCGCCAUCAUGGUGGACUCCAUGCUGCACACCAUCUACCGGCUGUCCCGCGGGCGCUCCCUCACCAAGGCCCAGCGCGACGUCAUCGAGGAGUGUCUCAUGGCCCUUUGCCGGUACAUCCGGCCCUCCAUGCUACAGCACCUGCUGCGGCGGCUGGUCUUCGACGUGCCCAUCCUCAAUGAGUUUGCCAAGAUGCCCCUGAAGCUCCUGAACAACCACUACGAGCGGUGCUGGAAGUAUUACUGUCUGCCCACCGGCUGGGCCAGCUACGGGGUGAGCUCCGAGGAGGAACUGCACCUCACCCGCAAGCUCUUCUGGGGCAUCUUCGACUCCCUGGCCCACAAGAAGUUCAAGGCGGAGCUGUACAAGCUGGCCAUGCCCUGCCUGUGCGCCAUCGCCGGCGCCCUGCCCCCCGACUACGUGGACGCCAGCUACUCCUCCAAGAUGGAGAAGAAGGCCUCUGUGGACGCCGAGGGCAACUUCGACCCCAAGCCCGUCGAGACCCUCAACGUCAUCAUCCCCGAGAAGCUGGACACGUUUAUCAACAAAUACGCCGAGCACACGCACGAGAAGUGGGCCUUUGACAAGAUCCAGAACAACUGGACCUUCGGGGAGACGAUCGAUGAGGAGGCCAAGACCCACCCCAUGCUGCGUCCCUACAAGACCUUCUCUGAAAAGGACAAGGAGAUCUACCGCUGGCCCAUCAAGGAGUCUCUCAAAGCCAUGAUCGCCUGGGAGUGGACGGUGGAGAAGCCCCACGAGGGCGAGGAGGAGAAGACAGAGAAGAAGAAGACGCGGAAGAUCUCGCAGUCGGCCCAGGCGACCUACGACCCCAGCCACGGCUACAACCCCCAGCCCAUCGACCUGUUGGGGGUGACGCUCUCCCGGGAGCUGCAGGCCAUGGCAGAGCAGCUGGCUGAGAACUAUCACAACACCCGGGGGCGUAAAAGAAGAAGGAGGCGGGGGGCCGCAGGGGGCGGCUCCCACCCGCUGCUGGUGCCCUACGACACGCUGACGGCCAAGGAGAAGGCCCGGGACCGCGAGAAGGCCCAGGAGCUGCUCAAAUUCCUACAGAUGAACGGCUACGCUGUGACCAGGGGGCUGAAGGACAUGGAGCUCGACUCCUCUUCCAUCGAGAAGCGAUUUGCCUACGGCUUCCUGCAGCAGCUGCUCAAGUGGAUGGACAUCUCGCAAGAGUUCAUCGCCCACCUGGAGGCCGUAGUGAGCAGCGGGCGGGUGGAGAAAUCGCCCCACGAGCAGGAGAUCAAGUUCUUUGCCAAGAUCCUGCUGCCUCUCAUCAACCAGUACUUCCACAACCACUGCCUCUACUUCCUGUCCACACCCGCCAAGGUGCUGGGCAGCGGGGGCCAUGCCUCCAACAAGGAGAAGGAGAUGAUCACCAGCCUUUUCUGCAAGCUUGCAGCCCUGGUCAGGCACCGGGUCUCUCUGUUCGGCACGGACGCUGCCGCCGUGGUGAAUUGCCUGCACAUCUUGGCUCGCUCCUUGGAUGCCAGGACCGUGAUGAAGUCAGGGCCAGAGAUCGUCAAGGCCGGGCUGCGCUCGUUCUUCGAGAGCGCCUCGGAGGACAUCGAGAAGAUGGUGGAGAACCUCAAGCUGGGCAAGGUGUCGCAGUCCCGCACCCAGGUGAAGGGCGUGGCGCAGAACAUCAACUACACCACGGUGGUGCUGCUGCCCGUGCUCACCUCCCUCUUCGAACACAUCGCCCAGCACCAGUUCGGGGACGACGUCAUCCUGGACGACGUCCAAGUCUCCUGCUACCGGACCCUGUGUAGCAUCUACUCCUUGGGCACCACCAGGAACCCCUACGUGGAGCGACAGCGCCCCGCCCUGGGCGAGUGUUUGGCCCGGUUGGCAGCCGCGAUGCCCGUGGCCUUCCUGGAGCCACACCUGAACAUGCACAAUCCAUGCUCCGUCUACACCACCAAGUCGCCGCGGGAGCGUGCUAUCCUCGGGCUGCCCAGCUGCGUGGAGGAGAUGUGUCCCGACAUCCCGGAGCUGGAGCGGCUCAUGAAGGAGAUCAGCGGGCUGGCGGAGUCGGGCGCCCGCUACACCGAGAUGCCGCACGUCAUCGAGGUCACGCUGCCCAUGCUCUGCAACUACCUGCCCCGCUGGUGGGAGCGGGGCCCCGAGACCGUCCCCCAGGGGCCCUGGUGCACCCAGGUAACCUCCGAGCACCUCAACACCCUGCUGGGCAACAUCCUCCGCAUCAUCGUCAACAACCUGGGCAUUGACGAGGCCUCCUGGAUGAAGAGGCUGGCAGUCUUCGCCCAGCCCAUCGUGAGCAAGGCGCGGCCCGAGCUGCUGCGCUCGCAUUUCAUCCCCACCAUGGACAAGCUGAAGAAGCGCUCGGGGAAGGUGGUGGCCGAGGAGGAGCAGCUGCGGCUGGAGGCCAAGACCGAGUCGGAGGACGCGGAGCUGCUGAUCCGGGACGAGUUCUCGGUGCUCUGCCGGGACCUGUACGCCCUCUACCCGCUGCUCAUCCGCUACGUGGACAACAACAGGGCCAAGUGGCUGAUGGAGCCCAACUCGGACGCCGAGGAGCUGUUCCGCAUGGUGGGCGAGGUGUUCAUCUACUGGUCCAAGUCGCAUAAUUUCAAGCGGGAGGAGCAGAACUUCGUGGUGCAGAACGAAAUUAACAACAUGUCCUUCCUGACGGCCGACAGCAAAAGCAAAAUGUCCAAGGCGGGCAGCUCAGAGCAGGAGCGGACCAAGAAGAAGCGGCGGGGGGAUCGCUACUCCGUGCAGACCUCGCUCAUCGUGGCCACGCUGAAGAAGAUGCUGCCCAUCGGCCUCAACAUGUGUUCGCCCACCGACCAGGAGCUCAUCACCCUGGCCAAGGGCCGCUACGCCCUGAAAGACACCGAUGAGGAGGUGCGGGAUGUUCUCAACAACAAUCUGCACCUGCAGGGCAAGUGCGAGAACCCCGCCUCCAUGCGCUGGCAGAUGGCUCUGUACCGCGAGAUGUCGGGCAAGGCCGAGGACGCCAACCGGCCCGAGAAGAUCGUGCGACGGGUGCAGGAGGUGUCGGCUGUGCUCUUCCACCUGGAGCAGACCGAGCACCCCUACAAGUCGAAGAAGGCCGUGUGGCACAAGCUGCUGUCCAAGCAGCGCCGUCGCGCUGUGGUCGCCUGCUUCCGCAUGACGCCGCUCUACAACAUGCCCAGGCACCGGGCCUGUAACAUGUUCCUGGAGAGCUACAAGCUGGCCUGGAUCGUCACGGAGGAGCACGCCUUCGAGGACAGGAUGAUCGACGACCUGGCCAAACCGGGCGAGGAGGAGGAGGAGGAGGAAGAGCAGAUGGAGAAGAAUCCCGACCCCCUGCACCAGCUCAUCCUGCACUUCAGCCGCACGGCGCUGACGGAGAAGAGCAAACUGGACGAGGACUAUCUGUACAUGGCCUACGCUGACAUCAUGGCGAAGAGCUGUCACAUUGAAGAAGGUGAAGAGGAAGGUGGUGAGAAAGACGAGGAGGAGACCGAAGGCUCAUUUGAGGAGAAGGAGAUGGAGAAGCAGAAGCUGCUCUACCAGCAGUCACGGCUGCACAAUCGUGGGGCGGCCGAGAUGGUGCUGCAGAUGAUCAGCGCCUGCAAAGGGGAGCCAGGCGCCAUGGUGUCCUCCACCCUCAAGCUGGGCAUCUCCAUCCUGAACGGAGGCAACGUGGAAGUGCAGCAGAAAAUGCUGGAUUACCUGAAGGAGAAGCGGGAGGUGGGUUUCUUCCAGAGCGUGCAGGCCCUGAUGCAGACCUGCAGUGUCCUGGACCUCAACGCCUUCGAGCGGCAGAACAAGGCCGAGGGGCUGGGCAUGGUGACGGAGGAAGGAACAAUCAUCCGUCGGGAAACUGGAGAGAAGGUGAUGGCAGACGACGAGUUCACGCAGGAUCUCUUCCGGUUCCUGCAGCUCCUGUGUGAGGGCCACAACAACGAUUUCCAGAACUACCUGCGCACGCAGACGGGGAACACGACCACCGUUAACAUCAUCAUCUGCACCGUGGACUAUCUGCUGCGACUGCAGGAGUCCAUCAGCGAUUUCUACUGGUACUACUCGGGCAAGGACAUCAUCGACGAGCAGGGCAAGCGCAACUUCUCCAAGGCCAUGGCCGUGGCCAAGCAGGUCUUCAACAGCCUGACAGAGUACAUCCAGGGCCCGUGCACGGGGAACCAGCAGAGCCUGGCGCACAGCAGGCUCUGGGACGCCGUGGUCGGCUUCCUCCACGUCUUUGCCCACAUGAUGAUGAAACUGGCUCAGGACUCCAGCCAGAUCGGGCUGCUGAAGGAGUUGCUGGAUCUGCAGAAGGACAUGGUGGUGAUGCUGCUGUCCCUGCUGGAGGGGAACGUGGUGAAUGGCACCAUUGCGCGGCAGAUGGUGGACAUGCUGGUGGAGUCGUCCAGCAACGUGGAGAUGAUCCUCAAGUUCUUCGACAUGUUCCUGAAGCUGAAGGACAUUGUGGCCUCGGACGCCUUCCUGGACUACAUCACCGACCCGCGGGGGCUUAUCUCCAAGAAGGACUUCCAGAAGGCCAUGGACAGCCAGAAGCAAUACACGACCUCCGAGAUCCAGUUCCUGCUCUCCUGCUCCGAGGCGGACGAGAACGAGAUGAUUAACUACGAGGAGUUCGCCAACCGCUUCCAAGAGCCGGCCAAGGACAUCGGCUUCAACGUGGCCGUGCUGCUCACCAACCUCUCGGAGCACGUGCCCCACGACAGCCGGCUCAAGACCUUCCUGGAGCUGGCGGACAGCAUCCUCAACUACUUCCGGCCCUACCUGGGCCGCAUUGAGAUCAUGGGGGCCAGCAAGCGCAUCGAACGCAUCUACUUCGAGAUCAGCGAGACCAACAAGGCCCAGUGGGAGAUGCCCCAGGUCAAGGAGUCCAAGCGGCAGUUCAUCUUCGACGUGGUCAACGAGGGCGGCGAGUCGGAGAAGAUGGAGCUCUUCGUCAACUUCUGCGAGGACACCAUCUUCGAGAUGCAGAUCGCGUCGCAGAUCUCGGAGGAGGAAGCGGGGAAGGAAGAGGAGGAGGAGGAAGAGGGCGAAGGCGGGGAGGGGACCGAGGCGGAGAAGGCGGCCGGGGCUCCUCCGGAGGCAACCUCAGCUUUUGGGGAGUUCCUGGCUGGGGUGCUGGACUUCUUCCACAUGUUCACCUACCGCAACGUGCGCCGCCAACUCCGCCGGCUGAAGAAGAUGACGGUCAAGGAGCUGGCGGUGGGCGUGAGCUCCUGCGUCUACGCCGUCUUCCUGGGCACGCUGCUCUUCUUCUCCGGCGUCCUCAAGGGCCUUUUGCUCCUCCUCUGGAACGUGCUCUUCGGCGGCGGGCUGGUGGAAAGCGCCAAGAAGCUCACGGUGACCGAGCUGCUGGCCAGCAUGCCCGACCCCACGCAGGACGAGGUCCACGGGGACCUGGGGCCGGCCGAGGACGGGCAGGAGGCGGCCGAGGGCGAGGAGGCGGCCCAGUUUGUGGAGGCCGGCAAGGAGGAGGCCCCUGACGAGGCGGGGGACGUCUUCAGUCUGGAGAUGAAGAAGGACGCCGGGCAUUACCGAGCGACCGCCCCCGAUGCCCCCGGGGGGCUGGGGGAUAUGGGGGACACCACGGCGGUGGAACCGCCCACCCCCGAGGGGACUCCCAUCCUUAAGAGGAAGCUGGGGCUGGAAGGGGAGGAGGAGGCGGCCCAGCCGGAGCCGGAGAAGAUCGAAGAACCGCCUGCAGAGGCCGAGAAGGCCGACACGGAGAACGGGGAGAAGGCGGGGCCGGAGGAGCCGGAGGCCCCCCAGGAGCCGGCGACCGAGGCCCCGAGGAAGCACCGGAGGAAGUCGGCCACCCCGCGGGAGCGCAAGGAGGAGCCGGCCGCCGGCAGCUUGGAGUUCUGGGCCGAGCUGGAGAUCCAAAGGGUCAAGUUCCUGAACUACCUGUCCCGGAACUUCUACAACCUGCGCUUCCUGGCUCUCUUCCUGGCCUUCGCCAUCAACUUCAUCCUCCUCUUCUACAAGGUGUCGGACUCCCCGCCGGGCGAGGAGGAGCUAGAGGACUCCGGCUUGCUGGAGGAGCUGGCGGGGGGCUCGGGCUUCGGGGCCAGCGGCGACGGGGCCGGGGAGGACGAGGAGGAGGACAGCGUGGUCUAUUUCUUCCUGGAGGAGAGCACGGGCUACAUGCAGCCCACGCUGCAGUUCCUGUCCAUCACCCACACGCUGGUCGCCUUCCUCUGCAUCAUUGGCUACAAUUGCCUCAAGGUCCCGCUGGUGAUUUUCAAGCGGGAGAAGGAGCUGGCCCGAAAGCUGGAGUUUGACGGGCUCUACAUCACCGACCAGCCCGAGGACGACGACAUCAAGGGCCAGUGGGACCGGCUGGUGCUGAACACCCCGUCCUUCCCGAGCAACUACUGGGAUAAAUUCGUCAAGAGAAAGGUGCUGGAGAAAUACGGCGACAUCUACGGGCGGGAGCGGAUCGCGGAGCUGCUGGGCAUGGACCUGGCCAGCCUGGAGAUCAGCGCCCAGAGCGAGAGGAAACCGCAGCCCGACAAGUCCCUGCUGACGUGGAUCACGUCCAUCGACAUCAAGUAUCAGCUCUGGAAGUUCGGCGUCAUCUUCACCAACAACUCCUUCCUCUACCUGGUCUGGUACAUGGUCAUGUCCCUGCUCGGCCACUACAACAACUUCUUCUUCGCCGCCCACCUGCUGGACAUCGCCAUGGGCGUCAAGACGCUGCGCACCAUCCUCUCCUCCGUCACCCACAACGGCAAGCAGCUGGCGAUGACGGUGGGGCUGCUGGCCGUGGUCGUCUACCUCUACACCGUGGUGGCCUUUAACUUCUUCCGCAAGUUCUACAACAAGAGCGAGGACGAGGACGAGCCGGACAUGAAAUGUGACGACAUGAUGACAUGCUACCUGUUCCACAUGUACGUGGGGGUGCGGGCGGGCGGGGGCAUCGGGGACGAGAUCGAGGACCCGGCCGGCGACGAGUACGAGCUUUACCGCGUGGUGUUCGACAUCACCUUCUUCUUCUUCGUCAUCGUCAUCCUGCUGGCCAUCAUCCAGGGCCUGAUCAUCGACGCCUUCGGGGAGCUGCGCGACCAGCAGGAGCAGGUGAAGGAGGACAUGGAGACCAAGUGCUUCAUCUGCGGCAUCGGCAGCGACUAUUUCGACACGACGCCGCACGGCUUCGAGAGCCACACGCUGGAAGAGCACAACCUGGCCAACUACAUGUUCUUCCUGAUGUACCUGAUCAACAAGGACGAGACGGAGCACACGGGCCAGGAGUCCUACGUCUGGAAGAUGUACCAGGAGCGCUGCUGGGAUUUCUUCCCCGCCGGCGACUGCUUCCGCAAGCAAUACGAAGACCAGUUGGGCUAGAGCCGGCUGCGACCCCCCCACUCCAGCACGGACCCCCCCAGUGCCCCCUCGGGGGGGGCGCCAGGGCUAGGAGGCGGCUGGUCCUUGGGGGGGGCACCGCUGCUGCUAAUCUCCCCCUGUGACCCCUCCCCCCGGCAGGGCCAGACACUGACACUCACCAGCGGGUGGGGGGGCAGAGUGGGGGGCAGAGGCCAGGUGGGGGUUGGGCUGUCACGGACCCGCCCCCCCCGGGCCCACCUUGAUCCCCCCCGGUCUCUGCCCGUGGGGGUUCCUGGGGGGGGGGCUGAUCCCAAGUGCCUUUUUAUAGCUCCCCCCAGUGCUGGGGGGGGACUCGCUGUUGCCCCAUGAGGGGCCCAUGCACGGAGGCUGCCGGAUGCCCCCAAACACGGCGGGGGGGCGGGAGACGGGCCAGGGCCUGCAGGGGGCAGCGCCGUGCCCAACCCCCGGUUCCUGGUCAAUAAACGAGAGGUGAUUGAU